AUGCAACUCUUUUCUAGCAUUCGAACCAUAUUGGUGGUGAUUUCGUCAGCACUUGGUUUGAUAUUGGUUGCUUUAUCGGACUCUCUCCUCGUAGCUGUCUUGGGAGUUAUAUGUACAGCAUUUUCAUCCGGUUUGGGCGAAACUUCGUUUAUUUCGUUUACAGUAUAUUUCAAAGACAAAUCGGUUUUGAGUGGCUGGUCUUCUGGAACCGGAGGUGCUGGAUUUUUUGGCUCGUUGACAUAUGCUGGCCUAAUGAUGGCAGGCUUGACGCCUAGGACGACUUUAUUUCUCUUGUUGGUCGUUCCAUUAACGAUGGCCAUCAGCUUCUGGCUCAUUCUUGAGAACCCCUUGAAUACAUCAAUAGAUCCUGAAGAAAGUGCACCAGUCGCCGACGCUGCCGCUCCUAGUACCAGUAACACUCCAAAAACAAUUAGCCGCCAUUCAUUGCGAUACAAGAUAAAUGCCAUUCCACGAUCUUUACCAUAUAUAUUGCCAUUAACCCUCGUGUAUUAUUUCGAAUACGUGAUUAAUCAGGGCUUGUUCGAACUGUGCCUAUUACAGAAUGCAUUUAUCGACCCGAAAACUCAGUAUCGCUGGUUCCAAGUAUUCUAUCAAAUUGGAGUGUUUAUUUCUCGAUCAUCUAUUAGCGUAAUACAAAUAGAUAAAUUAUGGACACUGGCAGUAAUUCAGGGGAUAAAUUUGAUUUAUUUUGGUUUGGAAGCCAUCUAUAAAUUUACACCGAGUGUUAUUAUAGUGCUGAUAAUUAUAUUAUGGGAAGGAAUGGUUGCAGGAUUAACGUACGUGAAUACUUUCCAUAAUAUUCAAAAAGAGGUCCGUCCAGAAGAUAGAGAAACUGUUACAGGAAUUACUUCAGUUUCAGACGGCUUAGGUAUCACAUCUUCCGGAUUUUCGGCUAUACCACUACACGAUGCAAUUUGUAAAUUAUCGUUUUAGUUUCCCAUGGACUUCGAUUAUUAUUUUUCAUUUUUAUAUUGUCAA